AUGCUUUGUGCUAUCUCCGGAGAAGCACCUCAAGUGCCCGUCGUCUCUACCAAGAGCGGCAGCGUAUUUGAAAAGCGCCUCAUUGAGGCAUACAUUGCCGAGCAUGGCAAAGAUCCUGUGAACGGCGAGGAUCUUACCACCGACGAUCUGAUCGAGCUCAAGUCGCAACGCGUUGUCCGACCCCGGCCCCCUACCCUCACAUCAAUCCCGUCUCUUCUGAGCGUUUUCCAAGAAGAAUGGGAUGCUUUGGCUCUUGAAACUUUCACUUUGCAGCAAAAUCUAGCACAGACAAGGCGCGAGCUCAGUGCGGCACUCUACCAGCACGAUGCCGCAGUGCGAGUGAUCGCGCGUAUAACCCAGGAGAGGGAUGAGGCCCGCCAGGCACUUUCGAACGUUUCCGUUAGUGUCAGUCGCUCUGGAGGCGACGAGGCUAUGCAGGUGGACUCUACGGACUUGCCCCAGGCAGUCUUGGAACGAAUUGAGAACACACAGGCAGCGCUAUCUAAGACCCGGCGUAAGCGCGCGGUCCCUGAGGGAUGGGCCUCAAGCGAGGCUAUUUCCACAUUUAAACCAACUGAAACCUCCGAACCUCUCUAUCCCGGUGGCCGCGCUUUGUCUAUCAAUUCGACUGGUGACCUGGCUCUUGUUGGCGGUGUUGACGGCGUGGUUGGUGUUUACUCGCUUUCCCAGAAGAAUGUCGUACAGACCCUCAAGACAGAUGGCCCGGUCACCGAUGCGACUUGGGCAGGAAACAAGGCCAUCGUUGGCUCCUCUACUGGUUCCGUCAAGGUCUUUGAGAAUGGCGCAGAGGUUGCAAGCUUCGCCUCCCAUGCUGGUGAGGUGACGGCUGUCACAGUACACGCUACUGGCGAUAUUGUUGCCUCUGUUGGUGUCGAUAAGAGUUAUGUGCUUUAUGAUCUCGCCACAAACACUGUUGUUUCCCAGAUUUUCUGCGAUGCAGCUCUACUGUCUGUCAACUUCCACCCAGAUGGCCACCUGAUCGCGGCCGGUGGCGCAGAUGGACAAGUCAAAAUCUUUGAUGUCAAGACGGGCGCCGCUGCUGCGGACUAUGCCAUGUCAGGACCAGUCAAAUGCUUGUUCUUCUCUGAGAACGGCACUUACCUCGCCGCAGUGGCUGCACAGUCCACCACUGUAUCGAUCUGGGAUCUUCGCAGCUCCAAGGAAACCAAGGUACUGGACACCGGAAGCCAGAUUGAGUCGAUCUUCUGGGACUACACUGGCCAAUUCCUCUUGACUGGUGGGCCUAGCGGAGUGACUGUCCAGCAAUACUCCAAGGCAUCCAAGGCAUGGUCAGAGCCUCUACGGAGUGCAGUCCCUGCUACCUCGGUUGCUUGGGGAUCAGCUGCUCAGAGUAUUGUGGCAUUGAAUGAGGCGGGAGCGGUCACAGUGCUGACGGCACAGUCAUGA